AUGAGUUUACUUCAACCUUAUGUAAAUCUGGAUGUCUUGGUCAUCACCAUUGACGGUCGAGUUUUAGUGGGUAAAUUGAGGGGUACAGACCAAGCAUCGAAUAUCAUUCUGGAAAAAUGCCAUGAGCGUGUGUUCUCCAGCGAAGGUACUGAAGUCAUCUCGCUUGGCUUGUUCUUGUUACGAGGAGACAAUUUGGUUACUAUUGGCGAAUUGGACACUGAAAAAGAAGCAGCAAUGGACAUUACAGAAAUCAAAGCAGAUCCAUUAUCAGAACUUAAAUUAUAA